AUGUCAUCUUUGUACAUUAAGGAGGCUACCGGUGUUGACGAAUUAACCACCGCUGGUUCGCAAGAUCAACCGUUCAAAACUGCAGCAUAUGCUUUGUUCGCAUCGCAACAGAAGAGCGACAGCACUGAACCUAAGCUUUUAGUUUUCAAGGCAGAAGAAAACGAGUAUCAAGAAAUCAGUGCUUCUGCUUUGAAGAAGGCUCGUAAGGGCUGUGACGGUUUGAAGAAAAAGGCAGUUAAGCAAAAGGAACAGGAGUUGAAAAAGCAGCAAAAAGAGGCGGAAAAUGCUGCCAAGCAAUUGUCUGCUUUGAAUAUCACGAUCAAGGAGAACGAAUCAUUGCCAGCUGCCAUCAAGACUAGAAUCCACGAUUCUUAUGCCAAGGUCGGCCAAAGAGUCAAGAUUUCUGGUUGGAUCCACAGAUUACGUUCUAAUAAGAAAGUUGUUUUUGUUGUCCUUAGAGAUGGUUCUGGUUUUAUCCAGUGUGUCUUGUCGGGUGACUUGGCCUUGGCUCAACAAACUUUGGAACUAACUUUGGAAUCCACUGUUACUCUAUACGGUACCGUAGUCAAAUUGCCUGAGGGUAAAACCGCUCCAGGUGGUGUUGAAUUGGACGUGGACUACUAUGAAGUGGUGGGUUUGGCGCCUGGUGGGGAAGAUUCCUUCACCAAUAAAAUUGCAGAGGGCUCAGAUCCCUCCUUACUGUUGGACCAACGUCAUUUGGCCUUGAGAGGAGAUGCUUUGUCUGCAGUCAUGAAAGUCCGCGCUGCUCUAUUGAAGAGUAUUAGACGUGUUUACGAUGAAGAGCAUUUAACUGAGGUCACUCCACCAUGCAUGGUGCAAACACAAGUCGAAGGUGGUUCAACUCUAUUUAAGAUGAACUACUACAAUGAAGAAGCUUACUUGACUCAAAGUUCUCAACUAUACUUGGAAACCUGUUUGGCCGCCCUAGGUGAUGUAUAUACCAUCCAAGAAUCUUUCAGAGCCGAAAAGUCCCAUACAAGAAGACAUUUGUCUGAAUAUACCCAUAUUGAAGCCGAAUUGGCCUUUUUGACUUUUGAUGACCUAUUAAAUCACAUUGAAACCUUGAUUGUCAAAUCUGUCCAAUACGUUCUGGAGGAUCCAAUUGCUGGUCCACUUGUAAAACAAUUGAAUCCUAGCUUCAAGGCCCCAGAGGCUCCCUUCAUGAGAUUAGAGUACAAGGAUGCAAUCACGUGGUUGAACGAGCACAACAUCAAGAACGAAGAGGGUGAAGACUUCAAAUUUGGUGACGAUAUCGCAGAGGCUGCUGAAAGAAAGAUGACUGACACCAUCGGUGUCCCAAUCUUUUUGACCAGAUUCCCUGUGGAGAUCAAAUCUUUUUACAUGAAGCGUUGUUCUGACGAUCCCCGUGUCACUGAAUCCGUGGACGUUUUGAUGCCAAAUGUUGGUGAAAUCACUGGUGGUUCCAUGAGAAUCGAAGACAUGGACGAGCUAAUGGCAGGCUUUAAGCGUGAGGGUAUCAACACAGACUCUUACUACUGGUUCAUCGACCAAAGAAAAUACGGUACUUGCCCACACGGUGGUUACGGUAUCGGUACCGAACGUAUCUUGGCAUGGUUAUGUGACAGAUUCACUGUUAGAGAUUGCUCCUUGUACCCACGUUUCAGUGGUAGAUGUAGGCCAUGA